CUCAUCCAAGCUUCAUUCUUUCAUCGACUUCUCCCAUCUCUACCUGCGUUAUCAUGUCUCUAACCAACUCAAUGCUAACAGUGCCCAUCAAUCCCAAAUAGACCAUCUUCCUCUUCUUCUCCAUUUCAAUUAAUGGCCUCAUUUCCUAUCGUCACUCGUUCUAUCUAGUCCCCUUCCGGCUCAUAGAUCAAGCUUCUACUCCACAUCCUCCGGCCAUUGGACCGGGGUACCACGUCAAUCGCUUAAUCCCUUGUCCUUUCCGGGAAUCACGUCAAGGACCGACGUCGUCAGCUUUUCAAGGUUGAGUCUCCAUUCGAACAUGGAUUCUCAGUCUUUUUCUCAACCCCCCCUUCGGCGGAUUCCCACCAAUACGUCUGACAACGAUCUUGACGAUUCCGCCUCACUAACGGCCGUCCACUCGGCAGGCUCUUCCACCACUUCCUCGAAGCAACCGCCUCGUGGGCCUGGAAGAACUACUUCGACCCACUCUCUGUUAGCCACAGGCUCUAUCAAAACCUCUGACAUUCGAAAGGCCUCUCAUGCCGAAACCACAAGAGCCUCUGCCGAUCGUUCCAGCAUAAGCAUGCCUCCACCUUCUGCUAAACCUUCCGUCGACAGGAGGUUGUCCACUUCCUUGUCCUCGAUUCGCACUCAACGCAAGUCAGAAGAUAUCCCUAGAAGUCCUCCGGCUUCGGUCAAAAGCUUUGAUGAUAGAAUCUCCUACGGUGCUACACCCACCGCUCAGGUCUCCACCACUGCUUUCGACGCUACCGUGGUCACCACUGCAUCCUCUACUUCCACUUCGCCAACUCCAGGUCUGCCCGUGCUCUCGCCUUCAUCCUUAGAUCUAUGCAUACCUAAUCAAUUGGAUAUAGUGUCAACGGCCACAUCGCAUACUACUUCUAUGCAGCAGCCCCAGAAAACUGACCCUUCCGCCACUGCCACUCAACCUGUUGUUCCAAACAAUAAGUCGGAAACUUCCGAAUCCGCUCUCCCAAACAGGGCCCCGAGGACGGCUAACCCACGUUCCAUAUCCACCAGCAGGAGGCUGAGCACCACUGGUUCGUCCAAGAACGAAAGCAUCAAUUCCGACAGGCUCUCCCUCGGCAAAAUUGGUGUUUGUGCUCUCGAUGUCAAGGCAAGAAGUCGUCCCAGCCGCCAAAUCCUCACCCGCCUCCAAGGAGAUGGAGAUUUCGAAGUUAUCGUUUUUGGCGAUAAGGCUAUUCUCGACGAGGGUAAGUCGCUCACUGUUACACCUCCUUAUGACGACUAAUUCCCUUCUCCUGCAAACAGACGUCGAAAAUUGGCCCAUCUGCGACUUUCUGAUUUCCUUCUUCUCUGAUGGAUUCCCACUUGACAAAGCCAUCGCUUACGUAAAACUGCGGAAACCCUUCGUCGUCAAUGACCUCUCCAUGCAAAAGGUGCUUUGGGAUCGACGCCUUUGCUUGAAAAUCCUCGACCAGAUGCUCAUCCCCACGCCAAAACGAGUCGAAGUCAAUCGUGAUGGUGGACCAAAGUUAGAGUCUGCUGAACUUGCACAACAUGUCAAGAAUUUGACGGGCGUCGUCCUCGAGGGCCCUGCCGACGGCACGGGUGGAGGUAGUCCGGUAACACGCAAGGUCUCCCUCGUCGACGAUGGCGAUACUCUGGUGCUUGAUGGCAAGAUCAUCAGAAAGCCAUUUGUCGAGAAACCUGUCAACGGCGAGGACCACAAUGUCAUCAUUUACUUUCCUAAAAGCCAAGAUGGCGGUGCUCGCCGACUUUUCCGCAAGAUCGGCAACAAAUCUUCCGAGUACGAUCCAAAUUUGACCGUCCCGAGAUGUCUCACCGAGGAGAACAGCAGUUAUAUCUACGAGCAAUUCCUUAAGACCGAGAAUGCCGAAGAUGUCAAGGCCUAUACUGUUGGUUUCAAUUAUUGCCAUGCGGAGACGAGAAAAUCACCCGUCGUUGAUGGCCUAGUCAGGCGCAACACUCAUGGCAAGGAGCUGCGAUAUGUCACCAAACUGAGCGACGCCGAGAAGGAGAUGGCUUCCAAAGUUGCCCGGGCUUUUGGCCAACGCAUUUGUGGCUUUGACUUGUUGCGAACUGGCACUUCCAGUUUCAUCAUCGACGUCAAUGGGUGGAGCUUCGUCAAAGACAAUGAAGACUAUUAUAAUGAUUGUGCGCGUAUCCUCAAGGGCAUCUUCAUCUCCGAAAAGUACAAGACCGAUACGGGUUCAGCGGUGACUGACGAGGCUUCUGGAAGUCCUUCAAGCGACAUGAUGCCCCGACAGAGCAACAAUCACUCCCACCGAUCGGCACUCAAGACGAUUCUCAAGAGCCCCAGUAUGACGAAACUCUCCCAUGGCAUUUCGCAAUCUUCACGCCAUUCCAAUUCUACUACAGGCUCUCCCAAGGGGACCGCUAUGACGACCCCACUCAGUUCACCGCCAACUAUCGAGAAGUCUUCCACCUCAAACAUGCCACCACCACUUACAGAGAGGGAGCUUCCCCCUCCUAUCGUGACAACCACCAACACAGCGAUGGCUUCAGCGAAUCCCGUUCCAGUCCCCAAGCAGACUGAGGCGGAAGCACCGUUGCCCAUGUCUAAACAUUCAUGGAAACUCAAAGGUGUGGUCACUGUUGUUAGACAUGCCGAUCGAACGCCGAAGCAAAAGUUGAAGUUUACCGCUCACUCUCAAGUGUUUGCCGACUUGCUCAAAGGCCACCAUGAGGAGGUCCUCCUCAAAGGCGAGGCCGCUCUUGCGAGCGUUGAAGCCGCUGUCAAGAUUGCCCAGAAGGAAAACCUCGAAGAUCCCGUCAAAUUGAAGAAUCUACGCAAUGCCCUUGCCAAGAAAGGCGGCCAACCAGGUACAAAGGUGCAGAUCAAGCCAAUGUUUCGCAAGAGACGACCUGAUGAAAUGUUGGCCAAUUCAAACAGUAUUGAUGCAGGAGAGACUGGGGCGUUAGAAUCUCCCAACCUCGAACCCGCGGGACUUGCAUCGGACCCCAAGGACAUGCAUCGUCUUCAAACGAGGAGCGACUCUAUUUCAGGCGUCACCUUUUCUCGCUUUUCCGCCGCCGAAAAUGACUUGAUUCUGGAUAAGCUGCAACUGGUGAUGAAAUGGGGUGGGGAGCCGACGCAUUCAGCGCGAUACCAAUCUCAGGAUCUCGGAAGCAAUAUGCGGGAUGACUUCAAACUGUUAAACAAGGAAGUUCUGGAGGAUGUUCGCAUAUUCACCAGCUCCGAAAAACGUGUCAAAACAAGCGCCCAAAUAUGGGCCGCGGCAUUCUUGGAUCGACAAGACAUCCCCGAGGAUUUCAUAACCGUCAGGAAAGAUUUGCUCGAUGAUUCCAAUGCGGCCAAAGAUCUGAUGGACAAAGUUAAAAAGAAGCUUAAGCAUCUUCUUCGCGAGGGCAGCGUUCCCGAGGAAUUUGCCUGGCCCAAGGAUGUUCCAGAGCCAGUCAUUGUCAUGCAAACUGUCAUUGAUCUGCUAAAGUUCCAUCGCCGGGUCAUGCGGCAUAAUUUCAAGAAGCUCGCUGGCGGAGCUGCCGCAUCUCUUGCUGCUAUCAACGGAUCGGGUGAAACAAAGGAAGGAGCACAGCAGAACAAGGAUCUUGUCACUGUGGCGUCGAUACAAUCUAGGUGGUGCACAGGCGAGGAUGCCGAGCUGUUCAGAGAACGCUGGGAAAAGCUCUUCACCGAAUUCUGCGACACUGAAAAGGCGGAUCCAAGCAAAAUAUCUGAGUUGUACGACACAAUGAAGUACGAUGCGCUCCACAACAAGCAAUUUCUCGAAUGGGUCUUCACCCCCAGUCAGUCACUCCUCGAUGAACUGGCAAAAGAGGAGAAUUCGCUGUCUUCCAACGUCUCGCCCGAGUCGGAGAAGCAAGAGGAGGGCUCUGUGCAAGCGAGUAACGCCCGACAUGAGAGUGUAUCAUCUCUGACCAGUAGCUCAACUGAGCGACACCGCUUUGCACACAAAAUAGGUCUCCGCAGACAAUCUAUUCUCCGGCAUCCGCCUUCCACGCCUCCUUUGAUGCUUUACGAACAAGGGGCAUCCUAUUUCAAGCUUUUCAGUGGAUCCGGAGACAGCAGAUCCAAGCAAGACCAACGCCUUGGUAGACUGAGGGAGUUGUUUCGGUACAGCAAAAUCCUCUUCGACUACAUUGGCCCUCAAGAAUAUGGGAUCAGCGACCACGAAAAGUUGGAGAUUGGCCUUUUGACUUCACUCCCUUUGCUGCGAGAAAUCGUUGACGACCUGGAAGAGCUUCAGGCUUCAGGGGACGCAAAGUCGUUUGUCUACUUCACCAAGGAAUCUCACAUCUAUACGCUGCUCAACUGCAUUAUGGAGGGUGGUAUCCACACCAAGAUCAAACGGUCCACCAUCCCUGAGCUCGAUUAUCUUUCGCAGAUAUGCUUCGAGCUGUACGAGGCCAAAGACGCCGAUACAGCCGAGUCAACAUACUCGAUCAGGAUAUCCAUCUCGCCUGGCUGCCACACAGUUGACCCUCUCGAUGUGUCUCUCGACUCUAAGCACGCUAUUGGCACGGCACCGAGACGAUCAUUGACGAAUCAUCAGGACUGGAAGGAAGUCAUUUCUACAUUGAAGGCCAAGUUUAACACGGUGCAAUUGCCCAAGACGUUUUUGGCGGUCAACGUAAGUCAAAAACACGAAGAGGAGGCAGAAAGAAGGGCGAGCAUGUUGCAAAGUGAACAAGCCAAGGAAGCUCGCGCAGAUGAAGGCAACCGGACGGACGGAGAUGUCCGGAAUAAGAAGGAUGCAAAAGAUACGGGCGGUGCAGGUGACAUUCUCGCCAAUCCUCAGCCCGAGACAGCCGGAGGGGAUAUGGUGCCUGCGCCGGUGCCUGGGUCGGCAAUUUCUACAGACGUGCAAGUCGCUCGUUCGAAAGAGUAAGAAACACAUGUAUGAGCUGAGGUUCAAUAUGCAAAGGGAAGGGAUUUCAGUGUAGGAAUUUCAGACUUCACACCGGCCUCGCGGCUGAAGACUGGCUGUGCUUAAGCGGACCGCAAGGUGGGUAUUAAAUAUUGCUGGAUACCGGAGUACAUAAGAGGGUAUUGUUGUGGAUUGACAAUAAAUAUUGGUGUAAAAGAGCAUAGAUAUGAUAGAUCUAGAUCUAGUGUAUAGUAUGACCGAUU